UUUUUUUUUCAACUCUUCGGAUGACCUCGGUCUCUUUGUAAGCAUUGUCUCCCCUCCUUCUCUUCUCCUCUUAUCGUCGUGGAAGUUACCGAACACUCUUCUUCUGCACCGACGCAUCGGAACCGGAGAUCAGUCUUAACCCACCGACUAGCGGGCUCCCGGCAAUCUGAAAAGCUCGGGCUGACUCGUUGGGUUGCUCGAUCGGAUUUUAGCGCUCUACCCCGCCCCCGUCGUUCGAGGUAAUACCCAGCUCCCAACACGGCAGCUGGUGGAUUCAGACGUCAUUUAUCCUGGGUACUAGAAGUUUAAUCGAACUUUUUGGUUGCUUGAGUCGCUAUUACUCGUGACGCUGAAUCCUGCAAUAGCCGUCCAACCGAAGGCCGGGCAGAGGGGUUGAGAGAAGGUUCUGUCCGGAGUACGAUAGGAUCUAGCAAUGGCGCCCCCACUGCAAGCUAUAGGAGGGGAUACCCGGAUAGCAGCCACGCCGCAGAGUCGCAGACGGCAUCUGCGCAUAGCCGACGCCAUCCAUGGGACCUCGGACAGUGCGGCGGCCUUAUGGCGCCGAUACGUGACGGCCAACUUGGAUCGCCUCGUCUCGGCGAUGCCGUCUUUCCACCGGCCUGUCCCACCCAGUCGAGACGGCCGCCAGGUCCCGCUCGGGGCGCGCUGGCGGGACGGAGUCGAAUUGCGCGACCAACGUAGCGGCAAGCCGUACGUCUCAAACUUUAUUCGGUCGAGCCGCUACACGAUUUGGGAUUUUAUACCGCGCCAGCUUCUUUUCCAGUUUAUGAAGAUUGCCAACUUUUACUUUCUCAUCAUCGCCAUCCUGCAGCUGAUACCAGGCCUCAGUCCCGUAGCAUCAUACACAACCGGAGCGCCGCUCAUCGUCUUUGUUGCUUUCAGCAUGGCAAAGGAGGGUUAUGACGACUACAGGAGGUAUAAGCUUGACCUGGUGGAGAACCGCAGCUCUGCAUGGGUCCUGGACCCCAAUGGAGCAGUGAAGACCCAAGUGGAGCGGUGCAAGAGGGGUAGGAUUGGAGUGAAACGCUCCAGUAAGCGGGAGAGGAUGAAUGACGAGGCUGGCCGAGACUAUGGUGACGGGACGGAGCUGCGUCAGAUAGGCGAGGGUGGUCAGGCUAGCGGGAGCAAACAUGACGGACACACCGACCACCACAGCACGGCCAGGCAGGACAUUUGGUCGCAAGUUCAGUGGCAGGACAUAAGAGUCGGGGACAUUGUGCGCCUGCAGAGGGACGAGCAAGUGCCCGCAGACUUGGUUCUGCUUUCGGCCUCGGGCACGAAUGGGAUCGCCUACAUCGAUACUAUGGCUUUGGAUGGGGAGACGAACCUAAAAAGCAAACAGGCAUGUCCCUUACUGGCAAAGCGUUGCGGAACCGUGGCAGGCAUCUGUCACUGUGACGCCACGGUAAUCGCCGAAGACCCAAAUUUGGACAUCUAUUCCUUUGACGGCAGCGUCCGCGUCGGCGAUAAGACGAUGCCGCUGACCAGAGACCAAGUGGUGUUUCGCGGCUCCACGAUGAGGAACACUCGCGAAGCGUACGGCCUCGUGAUCAACUCUGGCGAGGAGUGCAAAAUUCGCAUGAAUGCGCACAGGAGCGCACGUGCCAAAUACCCGGCCAUGCAGGCCGUCACGAACCGCAUCGUUUUAUUGCUUAUCGUUGUACUUGUCAUGUUGGCUGUGGGUCUCAAGAUUGGCAACGAUGAGUUCGAGGCAGAGUUCGGCCCAACCAACUGGUACAUGUUUGGCGUCCGCUUGACAGUCAGCGAACAGGUCUUUGGCUUCAUAAUCCUCUUGAACACUCUGAUCCCGUUGUCUCUAUACAUAAGUCUUGAGGGCAUCAAAAUUGGCCAGCUUUGGAUGCUGCAGGACAUCGAAAUGUACGACGCCGAAAGCAACACGCCAAUCGUUGCCAAUACCACCACCAUCAUCGAGAACCUGGGCCAGGUGAGCUACAUAUUUUCUGACAAGACUGGCACCUUGACGGAGAACGUGAUGCGCUUCCAGAAGCUGAGCCUCGGUGGCUAUGUAUGGAACCACGACAUGGGCAUCAGCGACGAAGCCCCGGAGACCGAGCUUGAAACCCGGGGGCUGAUGCAACAUCUGCAAUACAACCCCGAAACGCCCCUGUCAGAGAAGGCGCUGCACUUUGUACUCUGCAUGGCAUUGUGUAAUACCUGUUUACCCGAGACGACCGACAAGGGCGAUAUCGAGUACCAAGCUGCCUCACCAGACGAGCUAGCUUUGAUCAAUGCAGCCAGCGAGUUGGGCUAUGUUGUGAUAGAUCGCGACAGCGAAACCAUCAAGCUGCAGCGCCCGGGGAGUGGCAACAAUGACGAUGUAGAUCUUGGUACAUAUACUAUCUUGGAUGUCAUUGAAUUCACCAGCGAUCGCAAACGAAUGUCGGUCAUUCUGAGGACUCCCGAAGAUCGCAUAUUAUUAUUGAGCAAGGGAGCAGACAGUGCUUUGCUACCACGGCUAAGGCUGAAAGAGUUGGUCGAUCGAGUGGCAGCUGCCGUCAACAGACGGAUGAACAGGCGGCGAAGCAUGCGGAUGGAGUCGGCUAAGAAAAUGUCCGGUCCGGCCAGGCCGAGCUCGAUCGGGGAAUGGUCAGAAUCUGGAUUACAUGAUGAAACUAUCUCCUCGGAAGUUGCAAUGCUUCCAGACGCGGAUAUCUUUGAGGCAUGCUUCAGGCACAUGGAGGACUUUGCUUCCGAGGGACUACGCACGCUGCUGUUUGGUUACCGUUAUCUUGAAGAGGCAGACUACACAGCUUGGAAACGAGAGUAUCACGAGGCAGAGACGAGUCUGGUCGACCGUCAAGCUCGCAUCGACUCGGUAGCUGAGAAGAUUGAGCUGGAGCUGGAACUUGCAGGCAUCACUGCGAUUGAGGAUAAGUUGCAGGAUGGCGUGCCGGAGACCAUCGACAAGCUUCGGCGUGCCAACAUCAAGGUUUGGAUGUUGACUGGUGACAAACGCGAGACGGCAAUCAACAUUGGACAUUCUGCCAAGAUCUGCCAGCCCUAUUCCGAUAUAUUCAUACUGGAUGCUUCAGCAGAAGGGUCACACAUCGACGAAACAAUGGCCGGAGUGUUGCGUGAAGUCAAGGACGGAGCCAUCGAGCACUCGGUUGUCGUCAUUGAUGGACUGACUCUGACCGAGGUGGAGAAGUCCAAGACCUCCAAGGAUCUCUUUUACGAUCUUUUGACUCGAGUCGAUGCCGUCAUCUGCUGCCGAGCAUCGCCGGCCCAAAAGGCGGUGGUAGUACAAUGCAUCCGCGACAAGGUCCCAGGGUCCCUGACGUUGGCUAUAGGCGACGGCGCCAACGACGUUGCCAUGAUCCAGGCGUCGCAUGUCGGUAUCGGAAUCUCAGGAAAGGAGGGCCUCCAAGCCGCGAGGAUAUCGGACUACUCCAUCGCGCAGUUCCGCUUCCUCCAGCGGCUUCUGCUCGUGCACGGGAGGUGGAACUAUGUCCGGACCAGCAAGUACAUCCUCGGCACCUUUUGGAAGGAGAUCGUCUUCUACCUGAACCAGGCGCUCUUUGCGCGCUACAAUGCCUACACGGGCACGUCGCUCUUUGAGUCGGCGAGCUUGACCGUUUUCAACGCCCUCUUCACCCUGCUCGCCGUUGUGCUCAUGGGUACCUUUGAGCAGGACCUCUCGGCCGAGACCCUUCUGGCCGUCCCCGAGCUCUACGUCCUGGGACAACAGGACAAGGGGCUCAACUUUGUAAAGUACUUUGGCUGGAUGGUGCUCGGCGCCACAGAGGCCCUCGUCAUCUUCUUUACGGUUUUUGCUGCGUACUCGCCGAUUUAUUCCGACGAUGACACGACCAUAUACCCGAUUGGAACCGCCGUGUUUACGGCUGUUGUCAUUUUUAUUAACAUCAAAAUGCUCCUAAUCGAGAUGCAUCACAAGACCUGGAUCGUCCUAGGUGGAUUCUUCAUCACCGUCACGGGCUGGUUCGUCUGGAAUUUGUUCUUGUCGCUCGUGUACGCUCGUAGCAUCGGGCCCUACACGGUCAGGGGGUCUUUCAUUCACGGGUUCGGGCGCAUGCCGAAGUGGUGGCUGGCUGUCGUCGCGGCGCUGAUGGCGGCUCUCCUAAUCGAGCUGAUGGUCAAGAGCAUUCGAAGAGUCUACUUCCCAUCCGACACCACCAUUAUGCAGGAGAUGGAGGCAGAGCAGCGUCGGAAACAGAGUCAAGAUGCCAAACGGCAUCAGGAGGAGAGGGCGCAAGAGGAGGGCCGAUCAUGAUCAUGAGGUAUUUAUAACGUUUUAUGUAGAUAUAUGCUUAUAAUAUACGGAACACAGUACAUCAGUUCUAGCCUGCUAAUACGAAGAAGCUUCACCUCGC